CUUGAACACUAAAUUAAUUGUAUGAAUUCAAACAUUUAUAUUCCGUUAACGACUAUAAAGUAGAGUCUUAAAGAUUCGGGUAAAAAAUAGACCAGACUUUUUUACAGAGAAUGCUUCAAACCACCAAAAUGCACUACACGCUGCUGAUUCUUGUUAACGUUUUAUAUACCGUUACAGGACAUGAUGAAAAUGAUCCAAAAAUAUCGAAGCUUCAAGUAAAUGCAGAUCGCGAAUGGAAAAUUCAGGAAGACAUUGCGAAAAACCUUGCGACUUUGUCAGCAGAGGUAGACCGUCUAAAGGCGCAGGCUGACAAUCUGGAACGUGAAGGGGCUAAACAUCGGUCAUUGGACACCGCAGCCCUUCGUCAGCAACAUCGGCUUGAAAGAAUUGAGAAACUGGUAAGAGAUAUCAGAAAUCUGGAAGAUUAUCUUACCGAUGAUGGUGCGCUGGACAAACAUUUUGUCAAUUUAAACGUCACAGUGGAGAAGGAAAUUGACGCUAAAAUAAAGGUAGUAAACGAUCGAGUCGGACAGAUGAAUGCGAAGAUCAAAGAAGACCUCGGAGGUGUUGGAACCAUAACCGAUCGGAUAGAACAGACGGCUGAUAAGCGUAAUGUGGUUGUUGGAGGUGUGGUCUAUUACAUGGGGAUAGGAAGCGCCUGCACGGAGGAUGUGGACAUUUGUCGAGUCGGGAAGAGUGAAUGUAGAGAGGGUAUCUGCCAGUGUGAGCCAGGUUUGAGCUCCGAUAGUCUUCGACAAACGUGUGUUGACAAAUGCGAAGGUGGGUACGGUCGAAGCUACCAGACCGUCAAUAACUACGCUAUUCGAGGCUACAACAACAUGGAGUUGUUGAAUGUAACGCUCGAGAACUGCAAGGCAAGAUGCGAAGCGGCCAACGCGUUCGUUUGCAGGACAUUCGACUAUUUUCCUGACUGGAAGUCCUGCUACUUGUCUGAGAAAGUGAAAAGCGAUGUUGAACCGGUGAAAGCCUUUCCGAGCAAUGAUGGCACAUACGAUGCAGAUCUGGAUGUACGUGACAAAGAGGAUGGAUGGGAAUACAACGGAGCUGCGAUUCACUUCCAGAGAGAUUGCAGGAUUUAGAGAGAACUUUAUGGGGACUAACAAUUCAACAUUUCUCUUAAACAAUAUUUUAAAAGAGGAGUUAUUGGAAUAUAUUCAAAUGCAUUUGUGUCCUUUUCAGUUGCCUUGCAAAACACACGUAUAAUAAUAUUAAGAGUGCGUGUUUGAGUACAAAAUUAAGAGGAAAUGUACAUGUGGUUAUGUUUUAUAUGAUGUUCUUCUUUUUAAUAACAAAUAUUCGUCAAUAGAUUCAUGUGCCUUCCAAAAUACGAACAUAUGUAUUAUAUAAUAACAUAAAAAAUUCGAAAGACCGAAAUACCGUUUCAAUAAGUUAUCUAAUUGAGUUACGACUCGUUAGCCAGUUGCGAUGCUCACAAUUAAGAUUGUGUGUUUCAAACAACCAAUACCAAUAAUAAAUUGGUGUACGAAUCGCAAACUUACGAAUGGCGGUUUAUUGUAAUGUCAUUCGGUGUUAGAAAAUGGUUUCGCAUAGACAACAUACGUCAUAUCAUGUACGCGUAUCAACGCUAGCUACAAGAUAGGACGCACAUACUUAAAUGUACGCAAUAAACCUAUAUAAUAACAUGAAA